CUCACACGUGCGCUGCCAGUUGCUUUUUAAAUCUACUGCCUUCGCUCUUCCAUGCUUUCACCUCGGCUUCCUGGGUGUUUUAUUCCCAGCCGCAAAGAGAUCCCCCUGCUCUGUUGUUUUGCGACGUUUUACGGCAUCAGAAGCCGAGAAAGAAGGGCAACCCUUUUUUGCUCCUGGCGCGUCUGCGAGUUUCAACCCGCGAGUUUUUCUCCUAGGGAAGGAGAUGAAGGAAGCGAGUGGAUGGUGCCUUUGCUACUGAGGUGGAAACGGCUCAGCAUGAGUUCUUGGGAGUCCGGGAAGGCGGUGGGGGUGUCCACGGUUCCCCUUUCCAAUGGCUUAAAUAUCCCCGUGUUGGGGCUGGGAACAUCCCAUCAAGGUGGAUACUCCCAUGAUGCUGUGAUGUAUGCACUUAAAAAUUGUGGCAUUCGUCAUAUUGACACAGCCAAGAGAUAUGGCUGUGAAUCGCUCCUGCAGAAGGCCAUCAAGGAGAGUGGUGUAAAGCGGGAGGAUCUGUGGAUAACUACCAAACUCUGGCAUUCUGACUAUGGCUAUGAGAACACUAAACAAGCCUGCUUAGAGUCCUGCAAGAGACUUGGUGUUGAAUAUCUAGAUCUUUACUUGGUGCAUUGGCCUGAUGCGCAGAUCCCUGGUAAAAGCAAUAAAGAAGUCAGAGCAGAGACCUGGCGAGCUAUGGAGGAGUUGUAUGAGAAAGGUUUAUGCCGGUCUAUUGGAGUAAGCAAUUUUCUUAUUGGUCAUUUGGAGCAACUAAGGGAAGACUGCCAGAUAACCCCACAUGUUAAUCAGGUUGAAUACCACCCUUUCCAUAGGCCUCAAGAAUUAGUGGAUUAUUGCCGAAACAGGAACAUUGUUUUUGAAGGCUACUGCCCACUUGCUAAAGGUGAAGCCCUUAGCCAUCCUAACAUAGUUCAGCUUGCAAAGAAAUAUGGCAAAACUCCUGCACAAAUCUGUAUACGCUGGAGCAUACAGAAUGGCAUUGUCACUAUUCCAAAGUCUACAAAACCAGAAAGGGUCAAGGAAAACUGUCAGGUCUUCGAUUUUAGUCUGAAAAAAGAAGAUAUGGAAUUUUUAAACUCCAUGAAUAUUAACAGAAAACUGAUUCACCUUACCUACCCAUUAUGGAAAGGAUAAUCUUAAACAAGAUUGUUGCAGAUUGCAGUGGCUCAAAAUAUGAUAAUAUCAGAACUGCCCCAAGCCUGUCGCUGCCGUUUUGCCUAAUGCAUCCUGAGCUGCUGUGAAUGACACACGUUGAAAACUGCAAGCAGUGAACCUGUCUUCUUAUAAAAUUAUUUCAAGUAACCCAAUGUUCCUAUCAUCCAAUCUCACUGAAAUACUUUUUUGGGAAACUGUGAGUCAUUCUUAAGCCCAGCUAGAUCUAACUAAAAUGGCAUUGCUGAAGAGAGAUACAGCCCUGUGAUUUUAGCCAUGUGUGAGACAAAUGGAGUUUGCCAUUGGAUGCUAGUGCAAAUUAGCUGGUCUGGUUAAUGUAAUGAACAUCUACACAGUUUUGCAUAAAAGUAACUAAAUCAGAACCAGAUGCUACUAUUACAUCAUCACAGUCUUUUAUUUGCUGGCAAUAAAAAUAUUUAAACAUA